UUUUCUCUCUCUCUCUCUCUUACUACACAGACACAUACAGCCAUGUAUAGGGUGGCAAGUGCGUCGCAGUACCUAGCGAUCACCGGCGUCGGCAUAGACGACAUAAAGCUAGAAAAGAAGGCAUGGAUCCUUCCCGGCCAGUCCUACACCGUCUUCGACAUCUCCCCUGUAAACUAUACCUUCGAAGUCCAGGCCAUGAGUGCCGAGAAGCUCCCCUUCAUCCUCCCUGCCGUUUUCACCAUUGGUCCCCGAGCCGACGACGAGACCAGCCUCCUCAAAUACGCCAAGCUCAUGUCCGCCCACGACAAGCUCUCUGCCCACGUUAAAGAGCUCGUUAAAGGAGUAAUCGAGGGUGAAACUCGUGUACUCGCAGCAUCAAUGACCAUGGAAGAGAUCUUCAAAGGCACCAAAGAAUUCAAACAAGAAGUCUUCGAGAAGGUCCAGCUUGAGCUUAACCAGUUCGGCCUUUUGAUCUAUAAUGCUAAUGUGAAGCAGCUGGUGGACGUGCCUGGCCAUGAGUACUUCUCCUACCUCGGCCAGAAGAUCCAGAUGGAGGCCGCCAAUCAGGCCAAAGUUGACGUGGCGGAAGCAAAGAUGAAAGGUGAGAUUGGAUCCAAGGCUCGUGAAGGGAAGACACUGCAGAACGAAGCUAGGAUCGAUGCAGAGACAAAGAUUAUAGCAACGCAGAGGCAGGGAGAUGGGAAGAAAGAAGAGAUUAGAGUGAAAACCGAGGUGAAGAUAUUCGAGAACCAGAGAGAGGCUGACGUUGCCGAGGCGAACGCGGAGCUGGCGAUGAAGAAAGCUGGGUGGGCUCGGCAGUCUCAGCUGGCGGAGGUGGAAGCAGCCAAGGCGGUGGCCAUUCGGGAAGCGGAGUUGCAGAAGGAGGUGGAGAGGAUGAACGCGUUGACACGAACAGAGAAACUCAGGGCCGAACUACUGAGCAAGGCCAGUGUCGAGUACGAGACCAGGGUACAAGAAGCAAACUGGGAGCUAUAUAAGAAACAAAAGGCAGCAGAAGCAGUGCUAUAUGAGAAGGAAAAGGAAGCUGAGGCACAGAAAGCAAUUGCAGAGGCAGCUUUCUUUGCUCGUCAACAAGUUGCAGAUGGAGAGCUCUAUGCAAAGAAGAAAGAGGCCGAAGGAAUAAUGGUGCUCGCCCAAGCUCAAGGUGUUUACCUACGCACCCUCCUAGAAGCCCUAGGAGGCAAUUACAAUGCAUUAAGAGACUACAUGAUGAUCAACAAUGGCAUGUUUCAAGAGAUUGCUAAGAUCAAUGCUGAGGCUGUGAAAGGAUUGCAGCCAAAGAUCAGCAUUUGGAGCAAUGGAAGCGGCCGGGAGGCGGCCGAUGGAUCAGGGAGCAGCAACGCCAUGGCAGAAGUUGCCGGAGUGUACCGGAUGUUGCCACCAUUGUUUAAGACAGUCCAUGAGCAAACAGGAAUGCUACCUCCAGCAUGGAUGGGAUCAUUAACUGAUGGAAGUGCCAAUUGAGGAUUUAGAUUCAGCUACAUAUGUGAUUGUUUGUGCCUAUAUGGAAUAAAUAUGAAUGUGUUAUAUGUAAAUGCAUAAGAAGUUACUGUUACUUCAAAGCUGUUGAUUUCUUGAUUUCUU